AUGACAGAAAUGGAGGUGGUCGCAUUCGAUUCAGCAGAUAAGGAAAAUUUGGGAGAGGUGAGCUUCCAACACUGGAGUUUAGUGCGUGAGCUGGAAGAGAUCAAGAUCAGCAUUGAGAAAAUCCCCAUUGAAAUGCGGGAAGAGAUGGAUGAGCAUAAAAAUCCGGCCCGGUAUAAGAGCAAACAUAAAGAGGCUCUGAGGCACGAGUUAGACAAGGUCUCUGAAAAUGAGGGCCUUAAUUAG